GGAAAAUUGGAGGGUUUUAGCAGCAGAGAUGGGUUUCAUGUCAACGAGAGUAGCUUAAAACAAAACCAGCUUUUUUCGCAAGGAGCAGGUUCCGUAAAUCUCUCGCUUAACGUAACACCAAAUAGGACUGUCCACCGCCUACGGCGGCGCGCGGCGGGGAAAAUGGUGGCGAAGAAGGGGAACAGAGGUGGAGUGGGAGGUGAGGAUGCAGAAGAGGAACUGACGCGUGUCCCUCUACAGGCCAUCCUAUUGGCCGAUAGUUUUGCCACACUCUUCCGCCCGAUUACUCUCGAGCGCCCUAAAGUACUGUUGCCACUGGUUAAUGCGCCUAUGAUUGACUAUACCUUAGCGUGGCUUGAAUCUGCUGGAGUUGAAGAAGUUUUUGUAUUUUGCUGCGCUCAUUCCAAACAAGUGAUUGACUAUUUGGAAAAUUCCAAAUGGUUUGGCCAACCUAGCUUUUCUGUCACUACAAUAGAAUCAUACAAUGCAACUAGUGCUGGAGAUGCUCUGAGAUUGAUAUAUGAAAGACAUGUGAUACGUGGAGAUUUCAUCCUUGUUACUGGAGAUACCGUGAGCAAUAUGUCACUUACACAAGCACUUAAAGAACACAAGGAGAGAAGGAGAAAGGAUAGUAAUGCAGUAAUGACCAUGGUCAUUAAACAGUCAAAGCCAUCUCCAAUAACCCAUCAAUCUCGUCUUGGAACGGAGGAGCUUUUCAUGGCAAUUGAUCCCAAUACUAAGCAGCUCCUGUAUUAUGAGGAUAAGGCUGAUACUUUGAAAGGGACAGUUUCUCUGGACAAAGCAUUGCUGAUUGAUAAUUCUUCUAUAUCUCUUCACAAUGAUAAGCAGGAUUGCUAUAUUGACAUAUGCUGCCCAGAGGUUCUCAGCCUUUUCACGGACAAUUUUGACUAUCAGCAUUUACGUCGUCACUUUGUCAAGGGGUUACUUGUUGAUGAUAUUAUGGGUUACAAAAUUUUUACCCAUGAAAUUCAUUCAAGUUAUGCAGCAAGGAUUGAUAAUUAUCGGAGCUAUGACGCCGUCAGCAAGGAUAUAAUCCAGAGGUGGACUUAUCCUUUGGUUCCUGACGUUCAGUUUUUUGGGAAUUGUGUGACAAAGCUUGAAAGACAGGGAACAUAUCGAGCCUCAGACAUAGGGCUAUCACGUUCCGCAAAAAUUGGCCCUUUUACUGUUAUUGGAAGUGGCACGACAAUUGGGAACUACACAGAAGUGGCAAAUUCUGUCAUCGGAGAAGGUUGUAUUAUUGGAUCAAACGUUUCAAUCGAUGGGUGCUAUAUUUGGGACAAAGUUACUAUUGAGGAUGGCUGUAAAUUAAAGCAUGCAAUAGUGUGUGAUGGAGUAGUCAUGAAGUCUGGAGCAAUUCUGGAAGCUGGUGUUGUUUUGUCUUUCAAGGUCAUAAUUGGGCAACAAUUUGCUGUUCCCGCAUACUCGAAAGUUUCUCUAUUUCAACAGCCUGUCACACAAGACAGUGAUGAAGAACUGGAAUAUGCUGAUAACAGCAGUGGGAACAUAGAAAUUGCAUCAAUACCUAAUACACCUGAAAAGUUGGAGGAGGAUUUGACAACCGAGUUAUCUGAUUCACAAAUACAGGCUGCAUCUGAGGUUGGCAAUGGGGGGGCUGGUUUCAUUUGGUCAGUCAGUGAGGGAGGGCAUGAAGAAGGAUGGAGGCAUUCAGUGGCACCAAUACCUGCAGAUCGACUUGUUGAAAUUAUCAAAAAUGCGACUGAUGAACUGGAGAUAUCAAAUGAAGAUGGCAAUAUUCUUCCACCCUCAGGAGAGCUUGAACCUGGUUCUGUUAAUGAUUCUGAUGAAGAUGUCAGAGAUGAUUUUGCCCACUUUGAAAAGGAGGUUGAGGCAACUUUUCUAAGGGCCGUGCACGAAAACAUCAAAGAAGACCAUGUAGUUUUAGAAGUAAAUUCACUGCGGUUGUCAUACAACCUGACUUCCAGUGAUUGUGCUGGUGCAUUAUUCUACGCGAUGAUGAAGUUGGCAUUGGAUACUCCACAUGGUUCACCUGGCGAACUUGUCAAAACUGUUGCUAGCGUGAUUGCGAAAUGGAAAAAGCUUUUGAAGUAUUACUUGCCUAGCCUCGACGAAGAGAUAGAGGUGAUCCUGAAAUUUGAAGAAAUGUGUCUAGAGUCGACAAAGGAAUACUCUUCACUGUUUGUGCAGGUUUUGCAUCUUCUCUACGAUAAAGAUAUUCUACAAGAAGAUGCAAUACUCAAUUGGGCAGCAGAAAAGGAAGAGGCAGAUGAGUCGGAUAAACUUUUCCUUAAGCAGGCAGAGAAAUUUAUCCAGUGGCUGAACGAGGCAUCUGAAGAAGAGUGAGGGAAGAUUGAGUUGAUAAUACAAUUCUACAUGCAGAUAGCCGUGUAUUUGGGAAGUGCAGGGUGAUGAAGAAUUGGUAUAAUAUUCUGAAUAUGGAUGGAUCUGCUUCCCAACACCGACUAACUUGGGAAACUACAAUCCCCUAACUUUCUGCACUGUUAUCAGUUUAGUAACUGAUACAAAGUUGUAGUUUCUUGUUGUGUGGUUGGUAUCAGUGAAUACACUUCGCCAUACAGUGAAAUUGAUUUGCCUGCCCUUCAGUGAAAUGGAUCUGCCAUUGUUUCUAACGUUUCGACAAUAAAUCAUGAUCUUCAAGACGACUCUGGAAGAUCUUCAUUUGUCUCACAA